GUGAUAUUUGAUUUUAGGAGCAAUUAUUCCAAAAUUAAGAAUAAGAAAUUGGAGCAGUGCACCAUUUCUCUUUCUCGGACCGUAACCUAUAAGCGAUGCUGCACAAAUUUUGAUUCUGCUACUCGAUUCCUUCUCAUUUCCCCUUUCCUUCGAUAUAAAUUUUGACAAUGUCAUCAAUUUCUCUACGUAAAUUCAUCUUUGCUUCUUAGAUAUAAAUCGAUUUAUUUCGUUGAUCUCAACUUAUAAUCUGGAACUAUAGAUUACAAGUUAAAGGAGUUGGAUUUGAGUGUUUAGUGCAAAAAUAUGGAGAGUUUGCAGCAAUUGGAGGCAUUAUGUGAGAGACUAUACAAUUCACAGGAUUCGGCUGAAAGAGCUCAUGCUGAAAAUACUUUGAGAUGUUUUUCGAUGAAUACCGAGUAUAUUCCGCAAUGCCAGUACAUUUUAGAUAAUGCAUUGACACCAUAUGCAUUGAUGCUUGCGAGUUCAAGCUUGUUGAAGCAAGUUACUGAGCAUUCACUGUCAUUGCAGCUUCGUCUUGAUAUUAGAAACUAUUUGAUAAACUAUUUGGCCACAAGAGGGCCAGAACUACAACAUUUUGUGAUCCAAUCUCUGAUUCAAUUGUUGUGCAGACUUACAAAGUUUGGGUGGUUUGAUGACGAUAGAUUCAGAGAGUUGGUUAAAGAGUCAAUGAGCUUUCUCAGCCAGGCUACACCACAUCACUAUGCAAUCGGGUUGAAGAUAUUAAAUCAACUUGUAUCUGAGAUGAAUCAGCCUAAUGCAGGGGUACCAUCAACACAUCAUAGGAGAGUGGCAUGUUCGUUCAGGGAUCAAUCAUUGUUCCAAGUUUUCCAAAUUUCGUUAACGUCCUUGCAGCAGCUUAUUAAUGAUGCGACGAGCAAGUUGCAAGAGCUAGCACUUUCCCUUGCGCUGAAAUGUUUAUCUUAUGACUUUGUCGGUACAACAGUUGAUGAGAGUUCAGAUGAGUUUGGUGCUGUCCAGGUUACCUCCUCUUGGAAGCCCAUUCUUGAAGAUCCUUCAACGCUGAAAAUAUUUUUCGACUACUAUGCUAUCACGCAACCCCCAAUCUCAAAGGAGGCUCUUGAAUGCUUAGUUCGUUUGGCUUCAGUAAGACGCUCUGUUUUUUCUGAUAAUGUACGGUCUAAAUAUUUGGCGCAUCUUAUGACUGGAACCAAAGAAAUAUUACAAAGCGGCCAAGGUCUCGCACUACACGACAACUACCAUGAGUUUUGCCGUCUACUUGGCCGCUUUAGAGUAAAUUACCAGUUAUCAGAACUCGUUAAUGUGGAAGGUUACAGUGAUUGGAUACAUCUCGUAGCAGAAUUCACAUUAAAAUCUCUACAGUCUUGGCAGUGGGCCAGCAGCAGUGUGUACUACCUUUUAGGGUUGUGGUCCAGGCUGGUGACGUCUGUACCAUAUUUGAAGGGUGAUGCACCAAGUUUGCUUAAUGAGUUUGUGCCUAAGAUCACUGAAGGUUUUAUCACAUCCAGAUUCGAUUCCGUACAGGCUGUACUUUCUGAUGACUUUUCUGAAAAUCCACUAGACAAUGUUGAACUUCUUCAGGAUCAGCUUGAUUGUUUUCCUCAUCUUUGCAGAUUCCAGUAUGAACGCAGCAGCCUCUAUAUAAUAAAUAUUGUAGAGCCCAUUCUGCAGAGUUAUACGGAAAGAACUCAAUUACCUGCUGGUGAUCAAAAGGAGCUAUCUGUAAUUGAAGCGAAACUUGCGUGGAUUGUUCAUAUAAUUGCUGCCAUUCUUAAGAUAAAGCAAUGCACCGGCAGUAGUUCGGAGUCGCAAGAGGUCAUUGAUGCAGAACUUUCGGCACGUGUUCUGCAGCUAGUAAAGGUUAUGGAUAGUGGAUUGCACGGUGAGAGAUAUCACGAAUUAAGCAAGCAGAGGUUAGAUCGUGCUAUACUUGUCUUUUUCCAAAAUUUUCGAAAAUGUUAUGUUGGUGACCAGGCCAUGCAUUCUUCCAAGCAGUUAUAUGGUCGAUUAUCGGAGCUUUUGGGGCUUAGUGAUCAUCUAGUUUUGCUAAACGUCAUUGUCAGCAAGAUUGCAACAAAUUUAAAAUGCUACACUGAGAACGAAGAGGUCAUUGGGCAUACAUUGAGCCUAUUCUUGGAGCUCGCCUCUGGCUAUAUGACUGGAAAGUUUCUUCUAAGGUUGGACAUUGUCAAGUUUAUAGUCUCAAACCACACGAAGGACCACUUCCCUUUUUUGGAAGAGCAUAGGUGUUCUCGGAGUCGAACGAGUUUCUACUACAUCAUUGGUUGGUUAAUCUUUAUGGAGGACAACUCUGUAAAGUUCAAGUCUUCUAUGGAACCUCUUUUGAAGGUUUUUGUUUCAUUGGAGUCAACUCCAGAUUCAAUGUUUCGCAGCGAUAAUGUUAAAUACUCAUUAAUUGGGUUAAUGAGGGAUUUAAGGGGGAUUGCGAUGGCCACCAACAGUCGAAGAACUUAUGGGCUCUUGUUCGAUUGGUUGUAUCCUUCAAGAAUGCCACUGCUCUUGAAAGGCAUUACACAUUGGGCAGACACUCCUGAGGUUACAACCCCAUUAUUAAAAUUUAUGGCUGAAUUUGUGUUGAACAAGGCCCAACGUUUGACAUUUGACUCCUCAUCUGCGAAUGGAAUAUUACUUUUUCGAGAAGUAAGCAAACUAUUAGUUGCUUAUGGCUCAAGAGUAUUAUCGCUUCCGAACGCACCUGAUUUAUAUUCUUUCAAGUACAAGGGCAUAUGGAUUUGUUUAACAAUACUGACACGAGCCCUUGGUGGAAACUAUGUCAAUUUUGGUGUAUUUGAACUAUAUGGCGAUAGUGCUCUUGCUGAUGCACUUGACAUGGCAGUGAAGAUGACAAUAUCAAUCCCUUUAGGGGACAUUUUAGUUUUUCGAAAGUUAACAAAGGCAUAUUUUGCCUUUCUAGAAGUUCUGUUUAGCAGCCAUAUUGCUUUUGUACUGAAUCUGGAUACAAACACUUUUAUGCACUUUAUUGGAUCUGUUGAAUCUGGUCUUAAAGGUCUAGACACAAACAUCACAUCUCAGUGUGCAUCAACGAUUGACAAUUUGGCGACUUUUUAUUUCAACAACAUUACCAUGGGGGAGGCACCUUCUUUACCAGCUUCAAUCAGUCUUGCACGACAUAUAGCAGAAUGUCCUACAUUGUUCUCAGAACUACUGAAGACUUUAUUUGAACUUGUAUUAUUUGAGGAUUGUUCCAAUCAAUGGAGCUUGAGUAGGCCUAUUCUGAGUCUGAUUCUGAUAAGUGAACAGAUAUAUACGGAUUUGAAAUCUCAAAUUUUGGCUUUGAAGCCGGUAGAACAACAUCAGCGCCUUGCAUCGUGUUUCGACAAAUUAAUGGCAGAUGUAUCCCGAAGCUUAGACUCAAAAAACAGGGACAAGUUUACCCAGAACCUGACUGUAUUCAGGCACGACUUCCGUAUGAAGUAGUUUUAAUAUCACGAACAAGCAACAAGCUACAUUUCACAACAACUAUUGGUUUGAAGCAUGUAAAUUUCUCUUUUUCAAUGUGAUAUAAACACUUUUCGGUUUGGAGUGACUGACAAGAGUCGAGUUCACCUCAAGAUCACAGUAUAGGAGUUUCAUGUUUGAACUGUAUAGUCUUGUUAGCAGACUAAAAGUUGAAAGGUUUAGACAAUUUGAUAUACUAACUCAAUAGGUUUUAGUUCUUACUUAUAGGGUUUAUGGUUACACGAUCUGAGGAUGAUCUUUAACUUUCCUUUUUCUAUUGGUGUCUAAAUGGUAGGUCAGUUUUGAUAGUGAACUAGCAGACAUUGCCUUGUACCGCUCUCUUUUAGUUUGUACAACUUUUUGUAUAUGAAAUUAACAAUUCAUUUAUUGUCAAUAAUGAUAAGACAAAUUUUGUU